UAUUUGCAAAUUCUCUUUACAAGUACCUUCAGUUUUUCUCUAAAGCUCACAACUUGAAAACGAAGAUUAAAAAAAAUGGUGAAAGGUGAUGAAUCCAUGUCAACUGCAGCACCCAGAGCACCGGUGACUGGUGAAAGAAAGGUUCGAGAUGACUUAGAAAUAUGCUUACCUAAGCCAUAUUUGGCAAGAGCACUGGCGGCUCCAGACGUGGAUAAUCCAGAAGGGACGACGGGGCAUGAGAAUAAUGGGAUGAGUGUUCUUCAACAACAUGUUGCUUUCUUUGACAAAAAUAAGGAUGGUAUUAUUUAUCCAUGGGACACUUACUUUGGUAAUUAA